GGGGCCGGGGGUGGAGCUGGGCGGGGGGGCGGAGGGAAGAGCCGGCCGCCGGGCUGGGACCCGGCCAUUCCUGCUCGCCCGGCCCAGUGGGUGCCCCGUCCCUGGGGAGCCGCGCGGGUCCCUCGGGGUCCCCUCGGGAAGCAGCGCCCGCGCCACGCCGAUGAGGACGGACCCGCCGGGACCUCGCUGCCGCUAGACCCGUCUGUGCGCGCCGCCGCCCCGCAAUGCUGACGGCGGUCUGCGGCUCCCUGGGAUCCCAGCCCUCGGACGCGCCCCGCGCCUCCCCGACCCACCUGGACCUGCAGCCGCUCCAGCCCUUCCAGCCCCACGGCCCCGCCGCGCCGGGGGCCCCCGACUUCGCCUCGCCGCUGCCGCCGCCGGAGCUGCCGCUGCCGGGGCCCGACGACGCCGCCGCCGCCGCCGCCGCCGCCGCCGCCUUCGCCGCCCCCGGCGCCUACGAGCCCCAUGGCCCCCCGAGGUUAGAGCUGCCCCCCGACGGCCCCGCCGCCUCCGGAGCCUACGCCAAGCUGCUGCCGGCCGCCCCGGACAUGGCGCAUCCCUACGAGCCCUGGUUCCGACCCCCGCACCCCGGCGCCCCCGGCGAGGAGGGCGGAGGUGUCAACUGGUGGGACCUCCACGCCGGAGCCAGCUGGAUGGAGCUGCCCCCCGGGCAAGGCGGGGGGCUGCAGGUGCCCGCGCACCCCGGGCUGCCCGCGGCCCUGGGCGGGUACGGCGGGGGCGAGCACCAGCUCUGCGCGCCCCCCGCCCACCUGCUGCCCCCGCCCGCGCAGCAUCUCCUGGCGGCCGAGGGGGUGAAGGCGCUGGAGGGGCCCCCGGAGCCGCGGGGGCCGGAGGCGGAGGGCGGGGGGCGGCCGAAGGGGGCCCGGCGGGCCGUGCCCAGGGGCGGGGGGCAGGCGGCGUGCCGCUGCCCCAACUGCCAGGAGGCGGAGAGGGGGGGCCCGUGCCCCGAGGGGGUGAAGCGCAAGCACCUGCACAACUGCCACAUUCCCGGCUGCGGGAAGGCGUACGCCAAGACCUCCCACCUGAAAGCCCACCUGCGCUGGCACAGCGGCGACCGGCCCUUCGUCUGCAACUGGCUCUUCUGCGGCAAGCGCUUCACCCGCUCCGACGAGCUGCAGCGGCACCUCCAGACCCACACGGGCGCCAAGAAAUUCUCCUGCCCCGUCUGCGGCCGCGUCUUCAUGCGCAGCGACCACCUGGGCAAGCACAUGAAGACGCACGACGGCGGCAAGGACGGGGCCGAACCCGAGGGCAAAGGCGCCGGGGACCCGUCGGCCGCCAAGGGAGGCAAGAGGGAGUCGGAGGGGGGCACGGCCGCCCCCACAAACUGAGCCGCUGAGCCCCGGGGGGGACACGGAUGGAGGUGGGGCGGGGGUGGCCGGAGGGGACCCUUCGGGGCCGGUCUCCGAAGGGAUUUAGGGCGGGGGUGGGCGCAGGGCUGGCACCUUGUGCUGGGAGCGGUGGCGAGGCCGGGGACAAGGCUGGUGGCACGGCCCCGUCCCCCGCUGCGGCGUUGGGGAGCGCCGCAGCCGGAGCUGCCCCGCGGCGGUUUCACUUGUCCCGCUCCCGCUCUCCCGCCCCGGUUCUUCCCCCCCUCCCCUCCCCGAUCCUCCCCGAUCCUCCCCCGGCUUCCCAAAUCUUUUUUUUUUUUUUUCGGGAGGCUGCUGGCAGGCGGCGGGGCUGUUUGGGAGGAACAUCAAUGGGAGCCGAAGGAGCAGGCGCUGCCCGGGCACGUCCAGCCCAAAGGGGAGGAAGGAGAAGGAGAAAGGGAGAGAGGAGGAGAAAGCCGGGAGCCUCCGCUCGGAGAGGGCGGCCGCAGCCCCCCGGCCCCCUCCCCACGGUCCCCUCCAAACUGUGGCAUGCGGGGCUCGGCCCCCAGCCCGUGCCAGCCCCGUUCUCUCGUCACCCACGAGGUUUUGGCACAGUCUCCCACGGGCGGCACGCGAGGGGUCGGGGGCUGGCGACAUCCCCCUGCCCCAGCUGGGGAUGCUGAGCUGGCGGGGGUCCCCCACCCCUUGGAACCCCGCUUUGGCCGGGGGGGCUUGAGGAUGCGAAGCCCGGUUUUUUUUUUUUGGCCUGAAUCGUGGCUAAAACGGGGGAAAACGGAAGAAAGGAAAACAAAAAAAGAAGUCCUGCGUGAAUGUGAGCCGUGGGGGGCUGCGGGGGCCGCGGCGGGCGAGCGGCGGGCGGCGGGCGGUUGCCCAAGCGCACACCUGCAGCUUUCCCACACCCACCGCCGCGGCCCCGGGCGGGAAGCACCGGGGCGGCCGCGGGCCCGGGAGAGCCGGGACGGCCGCAUUCCUCCGGCCUGGCACGGCCGCGCUGCCCGCCCGCCGCCCCGAGACCCCCGCCCGCCCCCCCGGCACCGCCCCUCCCUGAGGGGCAUCCCCCACCCCGGGCGAGCUGCCUGUGCCCCCUUGUCCCUUCUGGGGACCCCACUGGGGACCGCAGCCAUCCCCCUGUCCCCUCAGGGACCCCCGCUGUCCCCUCCGUGCAUGCUGCCUGUCCCCCUGUGGCCCCGUAGCCGUCCCUCCCCGGGAUCCUGUCGUUCCAGGGAACUCUGCCUGGCCCCCCGUGCAUGCUGCCCGUCCGCCCGGGGACCCCAUCGCUGUCCCUUCCCAGGUCCCUGCACCUCCGGGGGACACCCCGCGGUCUCCCCCACCAGGGACCCCGUAGUUUUUUCUCCCCUGGGGUCGCCCCCCUGUCCCCAGGGCACCCCGUAUCUGGCCCGCACCCCUGGCUGGGGGUCCGUGAACCUCGGUUUUUAGAUCUUUUGGGGUCUUACACCCCGAUUUUGGCAGAACCCCUUGGACACAGAAGGAGACGCUAAAGCCGGGACCUGGGAGGGGGAGGGGGGUUUGGGGGGG